GGCCAAUCAAAACGUACCUCACAGUGACGCAUCCACCCAUCAGCUGUUUUUGUUUUGCUAUGUGGAUACUGGAAGUUAAUAACAUAAUAACAACACUGUCGACUGACUGGAGUGAAAGAGCUUACCGAGGAGGUGUUUGAUCAUCUUUAAUAUAGUUUAGAUUUGGGGUGGUUCAGUCGGUGAGUUAUGUGUGUCUUUUGAGCUAACCCAGCCCGGACAUUCCUCUCCCCGAAGAGUGUGAGCGUGGCGUUUGGAGUCGGGGGAGCAGAGGAGAGGAAGCGGGUUCCGGCGGGGAUCGACCCGAGCCCAAGGCCUCCGACCUCGGCCGGCGAGCGGAGAGGAAAUUCAGUGGCACGGAUGGAGUCCGAGGACGCACCGGACGGCCCCGCAGUACACCGAGGCUUCAUCUGUGCCUCGUUUAACCAGGACACCACGUAAGCGACCUGCGGGCAGGGCCCAACAUGAACUCAAAUCUCCACCAUGCACCUGACUGUUGCAUAAUUACUUUCAGUCGCAUUACAUACUCUUAUCCAUAUUCUGUCCAGGGGCAAUACCAUAAACAAAGCAGCUGUGUGUGUUUGACCGAGGCAUCUGUCUACCUCAUUAAAACUUGCAGAUUAGUCCCUAGCAGCCUGAAGUGAAGUAGGCCAGUGUGUUAAUCUUUGAGGCCUGUUGCACAUUAAACUAGAGAGAUUAUAACCAGAAAUAUGACUGUUUCAUUACAAGAAACAGCUUUAUACAUUGAUUAAAACAGGUCAAAUCAAUGGGGUCUAAUGCAAGUGUGCAACUACCCUCUUCUUGUUUCAUGGCAAGUAAUAUCGCAUGUUAAUACCACCAGUGAUCACAGCAUGUGGCCUUAUCUGAGUUCAUAACAAAUUUACGGGAAGCAGCUCCACAAACAGAUGUUCACUUGUUUUAACUUGCCCCCUCGGUCAUGUGAUCACCACCUGCGCUGUGGUUGACCACUGCCAAAUGUCAAGAGAUUAUGAGGGAUUCUGUAGAAGUACCAUACCUGUUAAAUUACAGGUGUGUCCCCUUACAUAAACAAUUCCAGUGGCUCUAGGAGUAAAAUCAACCAGGUGGUCAAACAGUCUACAGCCUUCAUAUCUUUUCUUCAUUACUGUCUUCAGCCAUGAUAAGAUAAGUUUGCUUGGCAGGACUGAUAAAUUCUGAGCUAGCAAGCUGUGUUGUCUUAUAAAGAUAAGAUAAUCAGGAAGAAUAGGUGUCAUACAUGGUUGGCUUUUCGGAUGAGGUAAACAAAGGAUUUGACUGGUGGCUGCUUCCUCAUUCUAUUAUUAUAGCAUGGCUGGUGAGUGUUCACUUAUCAGCAUUAUUCUACAUGAGUUAUCACAGCUUACACUAACACAUCAUGUGAGUUUAUGAAGUUUUCAUGAACUAUUUCUUGUAUGAGAAAUGAUAAGCGGGUUAUAAAUGCCUUAUAUAUGAGUACUUGCAAAAGUCAAAAUCAUUGUUGUCAUUUAAAGUUGUAAUCAUAAUGUUUGAACCUGCUGUAAACCUUAACAAUUAUUACUGUAGUUGUUUAGAAAGUCUCUUCGUGCUACUGUUACAGCUCCCUGUCCGUAGGCACCAAAACUGGCUACCGGCUCUUCUCUGUAACUGCUGUGGACAAACUGGACUGCAUCCAUGAGGGAGGUAAGGACACUGUAUUAUCUGGAAGUACUCUGAUACCAUAAGGGUUUGGACAUGUACAACACGAGUAAAAAACACAUUAUAAUGGUUUGCAAAUACUUAACAUCCAUAUUUGAAACUGAAAAUGUGAUCAUUUAAAUUCUAUGCCUGAGACACAUUUGAAAAAAAUUUGGACAGGGUAAUGUUUCUUAUUGUUUUGCAUCACCUCUUUUAACAACACUCCAUAAAUGCUUGGACCCCAGAAGACUAGUUUCUUUUAAAAGUGAAAUGUCAAAUUCUUGCCUGACUUAGGCUUUUAGCUGCCAAACAGUUCAGGGUCUUCUUUGUUGUAAUUCUCCACCCUAUUUCCUGUUUGGGUUCCUCAGAGUUUUCAGCUAAGAGGUCUCAGGAUAUCAUUUCUGCUUUUUGCAGAUGUUGUGGUUUUGGGCCUUUUCGAGACCUUCAGAUAUACCUCCAGGUGUAGUUUCUGGAGCUCAGACACCCAGAAGAGGUCUGAAUAGAGCUCCUACUCUUUUGCAUCAAAAGGAGCCGGUUGAGGUGCUUUGGGCAUCUGUUGAAUGCACUGUGAGGAGUUUCUAUCUGGUCGAGAAACAGACUGAAACUGACACUGAUGCCUCUUUGUGACUCUCAAAACCAUCAGGAACAAUGCUGAAUAUUUCUCAUUUUUAUUUUUCAAUGUGUGAAGUGCUGUGAGGGGUUAGGUUUUAGAUCAGAUGACUGACAUUAUUUUUCCAUGGUAAAUACUCACAGUGAUUGAAACAUUUCAUUAUUAAAAGAUCACGAAAUACGUUUUUUUUUUUUUUUUUGUCUGAAAACCUUAAUAUUGUAUGUACAGGAAAAGCAACAAGAGGCAUCCCUUUAUUCACAUGGGGCAUCAGAACACAAACCAAAAGUUCCUAACUGCAGCUUUAAGGGCGCCACCCUUUGGUGGUUUUCCAGGCACAUCCAAAUGGAAGGAGACCCUGAGGUAGAACGUGUCGAGGGAUAAUGUUAUAUAUCCCAUCCAGCUUUGGAAAGCGUUUGGGUCCCAAAGUGAAGCUGAAAGGCUUAGCUAGGGAGGGAGAAGUCUGGAGCAACUUGCUUAGCCUGCUGCCAUUAUGACCCAGCUAUAUAUAAACAGAAAAGUAUGAACUGAUGGAUGGAGGUCUGCGCAGCAGGAAGGUCUGUUUAGUACCAGGACUCUUCUACAGUGAAGUCAUGCCAUUGCAAUACAUGUACAAUGUAGUUUGGCAUCUUCUUGCUGUAUUAUGCAAAAUCUCCACUGACAAAGGCAUUGUGUGGGUGGUAGCAUACUGUAUGUUGCUCCAGAACCUGUAUGUGCCAUUUCAGAUAUGUUAAGUGGCCAUGCCGUGGGCACUUCUGCACCCCCAUGCCAUCAUAAUUGCUGACUUUAGAAGUGUGGGCAAGUAACAUGUUGGGUGGGUCAGGUGUGGUGCGUAUGAUCUCUAUAAAGAUGACCAAAAUUUGAUCUAGUAGACCAAGAGAAAAUCUUCCACCUCCGCUCAGUCAUCUUUAGGCUUGGGCUGAUCUGCUUGCAUGGUGUAAUUUUGACCUAUAUUCAUUGGGGCUGAGAUAAACUGUGUCCACAGACAAUAAUUUUUAGAGGUAAUUUCAAAGCCCAUGCAGUGAUUUCCACUGUAGAGCCAUGUCUGUUUUCAAUGCACUUGAAAUGGCCAGAAGAUCAUGACCAUCAAGUAUUGGUUUCUGACCUUGUCCUUCUGGUGCAGAGAUUCUGCCUGUACGUUGGGUGAUCUAAUUUAAUGUGAGAGAAGUUUUCACCUUGAUGUGGUGGGAAAAAUUUGGUCACUUUGUUUGGAGAGUCAUUGUUUGCUAUGCUGCUUACAGAGAAGUAAAGACACGAAUGCUGUCUGCUCAAGUUCUCUCUUUGUUUGGAUACUGAUGGUUUCUGUUACAACAGUGAGGCGAGAUAGUGACUGACAAAGAACAUAUUUGCCUUAAUGAAUACACUCUGCGUUAACCUGUCAUGCAAGUUUACAUUUAAGUGGUAAGAGUAGGUGAAUACAACCAGUCAACGGCGCUCUCGUGUUUCUCUCAGUUGAGUGUCCAGACGUGUACAUCGUGGAGCGUUUGUUCUCCAGCAGUCUGGUGGUAGUGGUCAGUCUGUCCAUGCCUCGGCGGAUGAACGUCUACCACUUCAAGAAAGGUACUGAGAUUUGCAACUACAGCUACUCCAACAACAUCCUCUCCGUCAGACUCAACAGACAGGUAAAAAUGAGAAACAGAUUUGACCUUUCCUGUGAUCCAUGUUUGUGUUCCCUCUGUUUCACAUUUCUGUUUGUCUGUCCUCUCAGCGGCUGGUAGUCUGCCUGGAGGAGUCGAUCUACAUCCACAACAUCAAAGACAUGAAACUACUCAAGACCCUGCUCAACACACCCACAAACCCCUCAGGUACCAUCACGUUGACAUGGGACAUUAAUGUAACAGCUCUGCGUCGAUUUCUUUUGGGUUUAACUGUAGAGUUGCUGUACUUUUCAGUCAAGCCUCACUGAAUAUAGAUUUACUAAAUGUAUUCGUACAUUGUAGCUCUUUAAAAAUAUUGAUGUUGAAUUCAAGAUGAAUUAUUGAUUGAAAAAGCAGGGAUUGCUUGUUGAAUUUGAGUUUUUAUUGGUCUUGAGGCAACAUACUAGAAAAAUAUAGGACAAAGACAGUGAUACAGUACUUAGGCACUUGAAUGACUAGUCCUGGUUUUCAGGACCAGUAACUUAAAAAAACUUCUGUUUGGACAAACUCUUUCAUUGUUUCUGCAAAUCUUCUUUGUAUUUAGUCCCCAGUGAAAUUUUUAGUUUCAAGCGAGGGUUAAUAAGUUCACCUGCAUGUGUCUUGCUCAAAAACAGCUCCUGCCUGAAGAGGCGCUUCAGGUAAUGGGAACUCUCAACUCACACCAGCUUUUUGACUGGAACAUUUGGGACUCAAGACUUGACUCAGACUCAAUGUUUGGGAAACUAACUAUAGCACUCAGCAACUACUAAACAGAUUUUACUAUAAACACAGUGGAGCAGGGGCUAAAGUGUUAGAUGGAUCAGCCCAAGCCUCACUGUGUGUCGAGCCCACUCUCUUCUCCCCUCUUACAGCUGUCCUUUAAAUUAAAGGCAACUACCCCAAAAUAUGAUCUAUGUAAAGAUUAGACCAAUACACGUUCUCAUCUGUGCUCUCUUGUAGGUCUCUGCGCUCUCUCUGUCAACCACAGUAACUCAUUCCUGGCGUACCCUGGCAGUGCCACCAUCGGAGAGAUCACUGUUUAUGACGCCAACAACCUAGUGAGGCUGUAUUAAAAUCUAACAUUACACCCAGAGCACGACAACAAAAUUGCAGCUGUUUUUGAAUCCUGCUCUGACGUCAUAAUGAAGGACUUUUUUUUGCCCUUUUAGACCACACUGACGCUGAUCCAGGCCCACGACAGUCCCCUGGCAGCCCUCACCUUUAACUCCUCUGGCACCAAACUGGCCAGUGCCUCAGAGAAGGUGACGAUUUGUUCUAGUCCUCAUUCUAUUUUAUCCUCCACCAGCCUCCUCCUAACCACUUUUUCCUCAUCAGGGCACUGUUAUCAGAGUCUUCAGCGUCCCUGAAGGACAAAAACUGUUUGAGUUUCGCCGAGGGAUGAAAAGGUAAAUGCUCAGACUGUCAAAUAGUCAAAUAAGAGAGUAUUUACAAGCAGACUGUGCACAAGGUUAUUCAUGGAGAUUGUAUGUUGGAAUAAAGAAAAGGGGUUGUGACGGGAAGGUGUGCAGGUCCUUCUUGAUUAGGUUGUAAAUUCAUGGCAGAGCUUGAGAUGUCAGUGAUUUAGAGUCAAUGAUAAAGCAGCAAUGUGAAAACCAUUAAAUCAGACUUGCUCAAGACACUGUUCCAACUCAGGGUCUUGCAUAUUCCAUAUCCUAGUCAGGUUUGAUCUACUGGUAUAAAUGAAAAUCAGUAAUUGUGAGUUAAAUUCUUCCAUAUGCUUCUAUGGCUCUCAAUAAAAAUGUAUAUUUAAAGCUGAGAUAAGGCGUUAAAUUUGGUAAUAUUGUAGGAAAGUGAAUUGGAAGCAAGUUUCCCAAGGCUGAAGCUAGCAAGCUUAGUGUUCAGUGAUGGGGGAAAGUAGUUUAAUGAGACGCACAAGUGAGAGAGAGUACUUUUUAGGGGUUUGGGAAGUGUCUUAAUCUUGAUAAUUUUGUAUACUCAAACUGUUUUUCAUUCUUGAUCUCUCCUCUGUGUUUCAGAUAUGUUAGCAUUAGUUCAUUGUCCUUCAGCGCAGAUGCUCAGUUUUUGUGCGCCUCCAGUAACACAGAGACGGUUCAUAUCUUUAAAUUGGAGCAGCACAGCCCAAGGUACACACAACGCAUGCAAAAAUCAGCCCCUCUCAAAAAAAUAAAACCAAGUCCCUGUGUUUUGUUCAGUUUAACAGGAAAAAAUCCGGUCAUGAUUCUUCAUUUAAGCACAUUGUUUAUUUUCCUAACAGUCAAGAGGAGGAGUCUCCUACUUGGUCAGCGUAUGUGGGCAAAAUGUUCACGGCAGCAAGCACCUACCUGCCUGCCCAGGUAUCUGACAUGAUGCAUCAGGACCGAGCCUUUGCCACUGUACGACUCAACAUGUUUGGCCUGAAGAACAUCUGUGCCCUGGCCACGUAAGACGGAGCAAAUGAAAGAAGAGAAAAAAAACAUUUUUCCAUGGCAGAGUCUUUCACUGUGUUGUUUAUAAUUUGUUUGGCAGGAUUCAGAAGCUCCCUCGACUGCUGGUGGCAUCAUCAGAUGGGUUUCUCUACAUUUAUAAUGUGGAUCCACAGGAUGGAGGCGAGUGUGUCCUGGUCCAAAAACACAGGUGUGUGUUUUAAGGGGGCUUAACAAUAUGUAAAUAAAGAAGACAUUUAGAGGAUAAAAUAGUCCUACCACAUUAUGAUGUACCAUUGAAAUUAAGAUGAAACACUGUACUUUGCUCAAAUAUGACUGUGGGUAUGGCAUUAAGUCAUUAAACCUUCAUCUGCUCUGUUCCUGCAGGUUGUUUGAAUUCAGCGAGGAGCAGGUGGAAGAGAGUGAAGAGGAGAAACAGGAGGAUAUCACUCCCCAACCAGCCAGCCAAUCAUACGCCGCUACUGUGGCUCUCCCCUCAACCCCUCCCUCCUCCACCACCCUCAUGGGUACAAUAUUCUUAAUUAUCUCUUAUUAGAACUUUCCAACUUGGAUACCAUAACUCUUCGUACCUACAGACUAUCCUGUUGGUACAGUUUUUUUUGUUAGUUCUUUGGUUAGUGUUCAUGCUUGUUUAGUUAGCAUUGGCUUUAUUUUACUUCAUCUUAAAAAAGUAUUAUUCCCAGAGAAUUAACAGCUUAACUUGAGUAUAAUAGCUUAAUAAAAGAGCUUUGAUUUAGAUUUUUAUCAAGUCUCAAAUGUUAAUUUUAAAUUGAUUUUAUCCAUUAAUAAUUACUAUUCUAUUUUUCAUCAAAAAGUCUUUUUACCUGGGAGCUCAGCAGUGAGUGACGUUUAGCUUCCCAACUAUCCCAUCAUCUGCCGUGUUUGUUUUCUUUUUGGUCAUGUUUUACUGAAAAAUAUUCCCAGUUUUAAGAGUUUAGAUUUUGGUUUCCGGUGAAGGAAAUCUGUUAGUAUUUGCGGUGGUGUGUUGGCCAUGUCACUGCAGUCGGCACAACCAAAGCUCAAAACUGUUUAGUCUGAUGUUAUUAGAUUUCAUGUGUGAGGUCGCUCACAUUUUCAACAUCUGAGAAGAUUUUGUAAAGACCUUUUAGUGUGAGUCAGGCCUCACUUUGUCUUUAACAUCUUCCAAACAGCAGUGGUUUCAAAGCAGUGAAAAUAAUCAUACAAAAAUGCUCAGACUUGUCUCAGAUGGUUUUGUUUGCUUUUGUUGGUCACACAGAGGAAUCUGUAUUAAUUUUAAUAUUUAUUAACCUAUUAUAAAAUCUCUUCAGGGAAACUUUAGGCUUUUGCAAACAACAGAACUGGUCCAAGUUCAUACAGCUGUCUAGAGUUUAGUUUAUUAAUGUGGUGCCAGAUUUCUGAAAGUGUCUUUGUUGGACCAGCAGCAACAAAAACACUUAAUAUUCUUUUAAUUGUAUAACAACUAAUAAGUGGCCAAGAAUUCAGUUCUGUGAUCUAGUCUGAGCUGGCACCGAUGAGCUGACCCUCAGUGUCAGGUGCCAAACAGAGUUCCCAGUGGAUUCAUGUUAUGACUGCUAUCGUCAACAAAAUUCCUGCAAAAACCGUCCUCUCCCCUUUUCUUCUUCCCAGGUUACUCUGAGGAUGGUGGAGCCCAGAAAGGCGAUAUCAUCCCAGAGCACGAAUUCGCAGAGAGCCCUGUGUGUCUGGAUGACGAGAAUGAAUUCCCUCCAGUCGGCAACUAGAACAACUGACCAAACCCCGCCCCCUUUCCUGUUAAACAUCCCGUUUCUGCACAUCAAUCGGACUUGUUUAGGGGUGAUGUACUGAUGGAUUCCUGUGUUAAGAUAUCGUGGCACCCCCACAUUUCCACAUGUGCUCCUGUUGGCUGAGAUCAAAUCUCACAAAGAUGUUACUUCCUGAUGUUUCUGUACGCGUCCCUGACCUUUUUUUUGUAAAGAAUUAAAAAAAAAAACACUAAAAGAGAGUGGAAGGUCCACUCAUCAUUAACAAAAUACUCACAAAAUGCUAUGAUAUUUUCUUGGAUUGAUUCAAAGUCCCACUGUUAACUCCCUCAAGUGUUAACUUCCACAUUAUGCCAUUUACUAACAGUGUUAAGACUUUAUUAAGAUACUGACUGUGCACACUGAGCAACCCUGACAACACAGUGACAAUAAUAUUACAAGUUAUUUUCAUGGUAGCAACCAGAAGAGGAUUUGGUGAGCGGCCAGAAAUUUAGGAGAAGGCUGAAUAACUAUAACAAAGUAGAAGAGACAACAGGUGAACAUGACCUGCAGCUGUUUUCGAGUAACCAGAGGCCAGACUGACAAAAAGCUUUUGCUGAAGGAUCAUUUACUGCAGUUUCUCAAACUUAUUGCAAAGACACAAUCAUCAGAUCAAAACAGUCACAUUUCAUGACUCUGUGUUUUCUCUCAUUACAUAUAAUCCAUUAUAAAGUAUAACGUAAGUGCAUUUUUGUCAAGCAGGCCUCUGGAACUUUGAGCUUUUAAUGGGCAUUAAAUGUUUCACACCUCCAGAAAGAAGAGCUGCAGAUCACUCAUGAAGGACAAGAUGUUUCAAGCCUGGCACCGAUUUAAAUCAUGAUGCAUGCAGUAUGUAUUUUGUGACUUGCAGACGCAGCUGUCAUACUAACUGUGGUGGCGAUAGAAGCGGAGUAACAAAUGUAAGCUUAUAAUUUAUCUCGGAGGAUUGUUUUCUGCGUAAGGAGGAGUCAGCAGCUGAAUGUGAAAAGCUUGAUGUCGGGCUGUACGUAAUAAAGUUACAGGUCCUUGAUUUCAGUGAGAUCCUGAAGACCUUUUUAUUUACUACAUAAUGCUGAAUACAGUUUGUUAACAUGUCAGUCCUAGUCAUUUGUACUUUGAUGUAUUAUUCUUUUAAAUUUUGUUUUAAGUAUUACAUGUCAACGCAUAGACUUACCAUGCGUGAAUACAUUUUGAGGAUUUUUACUGUGUGUAUAAUGUAUAUAUAACAUUUAUAUCUAGUACUGUUGUAAUAAGUAACAUGGUAAUACCAUAUGAUUUGCCAAAAGGUGGCGCUGAUAGGACACCCUUAAGCUGCAUUGAAGUUCAUUCUGGGUAUUUAAACCAGAGACUCAUUAAAGCUGAACCAUGAUCCAAUAACUGUGCAGAGUG